AUGUCUAUAGACCAUGUUAAGGAGGGUAAGAAUGGCAUCGUCAACUCCUCUGCUAGGCUGAUAGGCAAACUGAAAUGGGUCGAGAAGCUUCUGGGUGAGGAGAUUUUCCCAUUUCUAUCAAAGCUAAAAAUACACCUAAAAAUACACACAGGAGAGAAGCCUUACUCCUGCUCUGACUGUGGGGCGAGAUUCUCUCAACGGAGCCACUUAAAAAGACACCAACAAAUACACACAGGAGAGAAGCCCUACUCUUGCUCUGACUGUGAAAAAUGCUUCACAACAUCAUCUGACCUAACAGUUCACCAGAGAAUACACACAGGAGAGAAGCCUUUUUCCUGCUCUGACUGUGGGGGGAGAUUUUCUCAACUGAGCAGUUUAAAAAAACACCAACGUAUACACACAGGAGAGAAGCCGUACUCCUGCUCUGACUGUGGGGCGAGAUUCUCUCGACAGAGCCACUUAAAAAGACACCAACAAAUACACACAGGAGAGAAGCCCUACUCUUGCUCUGACUGUGAAAAAUGCUUCACAACAUCAUCUGACCUAACAGUUCACCAGAGAAUACACACAGGAGAGAAGCCUUUUUCCUGCUCUGACUGUGGGAAGAGUUUCUCCCUAUUGGAUACCUUAAAAGCACAUGAACGUAUACAUACAGGAGAAAAGCCUUACUCCUGCUCUGACUGUGGGAAGAGGUUCUCUCAACAGAGCAACUUAAAAAAACACCAACGUUUACAUACAGGAGAAAAGCCUUAUUCCUGCUCGGACUGUGAAAAGAGUUUCUCCCAAUUGGAUAAGUUAAAUAGUCACCAGCGAAUACAUACAGGAGAGAAGCCUUACUCUUGCUCUGACUGUGGGGAGAGUUUCUCUCAACACAGCAGCUUAAAGAAACACAAACGUAUACACACAGGAGAGAAGCCUUACUUCUGCUCCGAAUGUGGGACGAGUUUCUCUCUACAGGGCAACUUGAAAUCACACCAACGUAUACACACAGGAGAGAAGCCUUACUUCUGCUCUGACUGUGGAAAGGAUUUCUCUCAACACAGCAGCUUAAAGAAACACCAACGUAUACACACAGGAGAGAAGCCUUACUCCUGCUUUGAAUGUGGGAAGAGUUUUACAACAUCAAGUGCUCUGACAGUUCAUCAGAGAGUGCACACCAACGGAUUCACACAAACCAAGACUUUUGCAGAUUAAAAUCUUAGGUUUUCGGUGGAUUGACAAUGGACCCCUGUUUUAAAGUAUCCUUUUUUGGUAACAAAAGGAGAGAAGCUUUAUCAGUUCUCUCAGACCAGCUAAGAUUGAAGUCAAGAAAGUGUAGAACACUAUUUUAAUCCUAUUGUUUUUCACUGUGAGAACCGUGCAGAGGAAAGGGAGCGUUUUAUAGAAUGUUAUCCUCUCUUUACUGAUCAGUGUGUAUCUUGUCAGUUUUGUUGUGUUUUGUUAGCUUCUACUGUAAAGAUAUUGAGAUGA